ACUGCAUCCCUACAUCGCUAGUAGGAACUCCAUUUAUUCAGCAUCAGCGAAAAGGCUCUUGCACUGAGUUGAAGACAUUUGAUGCGGUUUCAAUAGUGACUAUUUAUCCUAGCUUAACAAACAAUACAAUUGUGAUUUAAGUUUUUAAAAUGGCACCUCUAUACUGAUAUUGAUAGUUGUUGAGAUGAGAUUAAAGCAAGAUGAGGAAGAAAAGCUGCAAAAUGUGUAAAAAAAACUGUGGUUAAAUGUGUUUUUAUUUUCUCGCUAUGAGCGUACAUACAAAUCGAGCAGACAUACAUAUGUUGGCAAAAAAAAGUCAUUUACAUUUAUUAUGCCCUCAUAGCGUGCACAACAGCCCACCGGUUGUGCUUUUGUGUAUAUUGGAAAUACGAUCAUUCAAACAGAAAGAGAUGAUGAAAAUAUUAACUUUUUUUGGAGUCCCAUUAGAUCAUAUUUAAAAAUUAUUGGCGGUAUUUGUUCGUCUGGCUGUUAGUUGGUAUUUUGGUCUACCUCUGUACUGUUAAAGCUCUCUUUAAAAUUUUGAGGUCUAGUGAAUUAUGAAUACAACUAGCAACAUGUUGUUUUUUCUUCACUCAGUGACACAUAUCGCCCGUUAAUAAUCAUCACAAAAUCACAGCGCGAAUAUAUCUCAAGGGAAACACAAAGAGAGUCGUGCAAUUGUGGUCUACAAGUUUACAAAAAUCUCAGCUCUAAUCAUAGAAAAAAUACACAGACGAAGAAAUAUGAAGAACACGGAUAACACACAAGUAGAGAAUGACAUUAAUAAUAACUGCAAUGGCACUAACCAUCAUAAAAUUAUCAAGGAUAUGAAUUCAUGCAUUAUAACAUGGAAAUAUUUAUUAGCAAUUUUGUUUUUCGUACUAGUGGAAUCGACUUCUUCCUUAACAUCUAUAACACAAGACCUGACUAUCAACAGUUCAACGUUGGCUAAAUCACAGGACGCAGCGAUACCUUUAACAGAAACGUCGAUGACCCUAACACCUGUUGUAGAUUUAUUGUCCACAACUACGAAAACUGCUUCAUCACAAAAUCCAACGACAACUCAGUCAAUAUUGGCUGCGGAAUACUCGUUGACACCAAUAACUAAAGAUUUAGUGAAAACUGUUUAUGGACUGACAUCUUCAACACCACCUGUAGCCCAGCAAUCAAAUCCAAUUUCAUUACCGUCAACUGUAUCAUCGAAACAGACUUCAUCGGCACCUGACGACCUCUUAAAAGGUUUUUCGAUGCCCACACUUAUACCACCAUUAUCGCCAUUUGCCAUAGACCAAUUAGCAAAGUAUCCACCCCCAACUCCUUCCAUAAAACCACUAACAUCGACCAUGUCUACGCAAUCCGAGGACCAACUUUAUAUCGCCGCCUAUCAACAGAACAGACGCCGCCCAAACUUUUCUCUGGCCACAAAAAACAUUACCGUUCAAUUGGGAAAUCACGCCUAUUUAUCAUGCAACAUUCAGCGCGUUUUGAAUAAGCCAAUUUCAUGGCUGCGCAUUCGCGAUGGACAUAUUCUAUCUGUCGACCAAGCAACUUUCAUCUCCGAUCAGCGCUUUCAAUCUGUUUUUCAAGGUCAGAGCGAAAACACUUGGUCACUACAAAUCAAAUACGUACAGAAAAGCGAUGAAGGCUGGUAUGAAUGCCAAGUGCCCACCGAACCGAAAAUGAGCGCUAAAAUCCAUUUAGGAGUGGUGGUACCCCAUACUGAACUUAUUGGUGAUCGGAAUCGUUUCGUGAAGGCGGGCAGCAGAGUGGCAUUGCACUGUAUUGUUCGUGAUACGCUAGAACCACCAGCGUACAUUAUCUGGUUUCGCGGCAAAACACAAAUCACAAAUGACAAUGAAAUGGGUUGGUACACAGAAAUCGAUCGUACGAUAUUCGGUAAUGCUGACAGCAGUAGUAAUACGAUCGGUUCGUUAAUAAUACCAUGCGUUCGGAAGCUGGAUUCGGACACCUACACUUGUGAGCCAUCGAAUAGUGCUUCCGUUUCCGUCGACCUUCAUGUGCUUAACGGAGAGUAUUCUGCAUCGGCCAUAAUGUCAGUGGCAGGCUCCCAUCGGCUUAGUAAGUCCGUUUUCACUUGCCAUUUAUCUUUUCUGCUGCUUCUGCAGGCCAUGGGGAAAACGUGACUGAAUUGCAAUUCGUCACACGUUACGAAAGAGCAUUUCCUUCCCCUUCGUUUAUUCCCAUUAACAUGUCAAGCGCCAUUUUUGAAAGAAUAAAAUAUAAACUUAAGUAAAUAAUUUUUAUUAACAACAGCAAUCACUAAUACCGAAGUAUUGUAAUUAUUAUUGUUAACAGUAUUAAAGUAAAAUUUCAAAUAGCGAAAUGCAAGAAGAGGAACAAAGUUGUGAAACUUCAAUAAAUAGGUUAUUAGCUCAACUAAUUAAAUUUAAGAUAUUUAAGCACUAAGUAAGAGUUGUAUAACUUGUAAUACUAUACAUGCUUUAUGCAGUUAAUAAGUGAACACUAAGUCUGCAGUAAAAGUCGAAGAAAGAAGUUGUAAUACAUAUGUAUAUUUUAAAAGGUUCUAGCUGAAUGCACUCCCAAUGAAAGUCGCAAAUUCGUUGAAAAUUGAAACUAUGUAUAACUUAAAAUUACAUAAAAUAAAUGAUAACAUGAACAUUAUUAAAUCAAUUAAAGUUUUCUCUUCUUUAGUCUGCUCUUAAACA